AUGUCGGGUGGAAACCGUUCUCGAUUACAAUCCAGAAAACGAAUAGUUCCGGCAGAGAACCGCAAACGAGCUCCCUUCUCUUGCGACCGCUGUAAACUUCGAAAGACGAAAUGCAGACGGCUGCAGGAUAACGAUCUGAAGUACGAUAAUAUUACACCCUGUAUACAAUGCACCAAAGCCGGUGUUUCUUGCACAACAACAAUUCCCCGGAAGAGGCGGUUCUAUGGGCCAAUAGAAAACAUCACAUUGCAUUAUAAGUGCUUGUUAGCCCUUGUUUCCGGACUCUUUCCCGACAAGGACGUUUAUAGCAUCGAGGAGUUAAUGGAGCUAGGGAAAUCAUUUAAAUUUGAAAUGCCUACAGACAACAACAGUUUAGAUGAUAUACAGAACAUUCAAGAACUGGACGAUCACAACAUGCAGGAUAUGACUGAAGUUAAGAAGGAAGAAAAAGAUUCGACCAUCCCUGAGGAAACAAAGUCCGAGAGUGAGGGUGAUGACGAAGACAACGACUUGGAAAAGAAUACAGACAAACAGAUUGACAUAAUGGACGAUGAUUUAUCUAGAGAUAAGCAAAUGCCCCAGCUUCCACCAAACAUCAAACUGAAGGCUACAACGUACGAUCGAGACCGCCUGAUUAUGGAUCGCUUUGGACACACGCACUUUAUCGGUAAUUUUGGAACUGCAUCAUUAUUGAAUGGACUAUGUGACAUAAUUAUUAAAAGGUCUUUCAGCGUGAAGCCACCGAUCUCGACCCAGGAUAUUCGAAAUAGUUCCGUCCAAACCAUUACGUCUGAGAACGAACCCAUUUACCAAUAUCCGACACAUCUGUAUAAUCUGGAUACCAUCAACAUCAAUCGCUUUCCUCUAAUCAACUUACUGAAGAGAAAGGAAGCUGACGUCUACAAGAACGUUUUUUUUGAGAAAGUCCAUCCAUACUAUUUUAUCUUCAACACAUUCAAGUUCGAUGAAAAAUACGAAAUCUUUUGGCAAGAAAUUGCCAAAACAGACGUCAAAACAGAUGGGCCAUUUCCAAUGAAGAUUGGGAGCGCCGAGAUAUGCUGUAUCUACAUGGUCUGGAUUCUUGGCAGACGGUUUCAGCUAUAUACGAACCCACAAGAUCUUCCUGCGGAUUCCGAACUAGAUGAUGAUCUGAUAGGACGUUACAUUGAUAUCAUCAAAUUGUCGCUUUCAGACAUCGUUUUAACGCCAACUUUAGAUGGAAUCCGAUUGCUGAUUUUAUUAUCUGUUUACCUAUCUAGCAUCAAAGUCCGCGAGAGCGGAUAUUGCUUGAUGCAAAUGGCGGCUAUUCAAUGCAAGAGUUUGGGAUUGCACAGAAAAUUCAUUGUGGAUAAGUUUAAUGACGAAAAAGCAGAUGAAAUGAAGCGUAUCAUGUGGUCGUUGACCAAAAGCGAGACAACGUUGUGCUGUUCAUUUGGAAGAGCCAGUGCAAUCCCUUGGGAAGAAGUGGAUGUUGAACUGCCUACCAUGUCAGAUGUCGAUAACGAGCUCUUCAAAAUUUACUAUGUUCAGAGUUGCAAGUUGACAAGGAUCAUUUUUCAAAUUCUAGAUAAUAAACGCAAAUCAUCUAAGGAGCCUCUGUCUCUAGUCAGCAUCGAAAAACUGCUUCUUUUCCAAAAGCAAUUACACAAGUUUUGGGAUCGCCUGCCCGAAGAGUGGAAGGAUUACAAAUCCCUACCUGUUCGCCGUUACAAACCUAAGCUCCAUAUUCAAUUUCACUACUACUUCAUCACAUUGACAUUGCCCAUUUUCAUGCAUAUUGUAAGCGCUCAGUCCUCCGUCAUCAAUCGUGAUGAUCCAAUACAAUCACUUCUUGUGAAUGGAAUCAAAUCCUCCUUCAAGACAGCAGAAAUUUUGACCUAUACUGACUCUAACGGGUUUUUCAACGGGACACUGUAUUACGAUGUUUUCUAUUCUUAUAACGCUAUCAUGGUCCUCACACUCACCUACAUCCUAUUCAAAAGUCCAAAGGGGAAAAUGGCAAAAAGUAUUCUUGAUCUUGAGUAUCUGGACAAGGAGCACGACAUUAACUUCUCCAGUCUUAUGAAAGCAAUAAAUCUGAUCCGAAAUCUCAUUUUGAAUAACCUUCAUCAAAUUGACGGGACCAUGAGAAGAAUAAGUGAUAUCAUCGAAACAUUAUUGGAAGAUCUAGGAAUAAUCCAGAUCCUGGUCAAAGAAUUCAAGGCACGCCCUAGUAAUGUACGCAAGAUAGAGGGAAGAAAAGAAGGUGGCAGCACAAGUGUCAACGGGGGGAUCAUCCCUGGCUACUAUCGUAAGCUGCGUAUGAAUGAUAAAACUAAAGCCAAAAAACGUCGUGUGGACAAAAGGGUGGACGAGCUCACUUGUUCGCCUCCUUCUCCUCGCCUAUCAGCGGCAGCAGAAGAACAGGCGAAUCUCACAUACUCGUCAAUAUUCGAUUUCCCAAAAUCCCAAAAUCCAUCUUCAACCAACGUUGCAGGCCAAAUUUCCCACUUUGAACUCCCUGUCUAUGAUGAAUUCAGACCAGAUCGACAAUCCGAAAACUCAAGAUCUUCAACUCCUGUGGACCUGAAUGUGAAUGAAGCAUUGAACUCCAUCCUUGAUACAGAACUUAUGGAGGUUCUCUUUGGUGCGGAUCUCGCAGGAGCGAACCCUCGAGCUCCUAGCAAUGACUUGUGA